UUUGCACACGUCACUAAAAAAGAAGCAGGAAACUGGAAUCACAUGAGUUCAGGGAGAGAGAAACUGAAGUGUAGUUGAGCUGUUGUGUGUUUGUGUCUCCGUGUUCAUGCAGUAAAAUGGCAGAAGCCAGAAUUUCAGUGGAUCAGAAUGAGUUCAUGUGUUCAGUGUGUCUGGAUCUCCUGAAGGAUCCAGUGGCCAUUCCCUGUGGACACAGUUACUGUAAGAUCUGUAUUACAGGCUGCUGGGAUCAGGAGGAUCAGAAGAGAGUCUACAGCUGUCCUCAGUGCAGACAGACCUUCAGUCCAAGACCUGCUUUAGCUAAAAACACCAUUCUGGCUGAAAUGGUGGAGAAGCUGAAGAAGAUUAAACUUCCUGCUGACUGUUACGCUGGAGCUGGAGAUGUGCAGUGUGACGUCUGUACUGGAGGAAAACACAAAGCCGUGAAGUCCUGUCUGGUGUGUCUGAACUCUUACUGUCAGAAUCACCUUGAACAACAUGAGACUUUGUUUAAAGGAAAGAGACACAAUCUGACUGAAGCCACUGGACGACUGCAGGAGAUCAUCUGCCAGAAACACGACAAGAUCCUUGAGGUUUUCUGCCGCACUGAUCAGAAGUGUAUAUGUGUGCUGUGUACGAUGGAUGAACAUAAAAACCACGACACUGUAUCAGCUGCAGCACAGAGGACAGAGAAACAGAGUUUCCAGUCUCUCUCAGCUCCUCCUGAAUCUACAGACGUAAAUGACGAUCCCUUCAGUUCUCUCUCCUCUUUUGAUGGAGUGAGAGAAUCUGUCCAUCAGCUGAGAGACAAACUGGAGGAUUUCUGCAAAGAGGAGCUGAAGAAGAUCUCUGACAGAGUCACUUUCACCAACAUUGUUCCCAGAACCAGGAACGACUUCCUACAAUAUUCCCAUCAGCUCACUCUGGAUCUGAACACAGUGAAUAAACACCUCCGUCUGUCUGAGAGGAACAGAGUGAUUACUGGCACUUUCCCAGAGAUUCAGUCGUAUCCUGAUCAUCCAGACAGAUUUGAUGUGUUUUAUCAGGUGUUGUGUAGAGAGAGUGUGUGUGGACGCUGUUACUGGGAGAUUGAGUGGAGUGAACGUGUGUCUAUAUCAGUGUCAUAUAAGAGCAUCAGCAGGAAGGGAUCGGGUGAUGAGUGUUGGUUUGGAUUUAAUGAUCAGUCCUGGAGUUUGAUCUGCACUUCCUCCAGAUACUCAUUCAAACACAAUAAGAUACGGACUGAUCUCCCUGUAGAGUCCAUCAUCAGGAGAAUAGGAGUGUAUGUGGAUCACAGUGCAGGAACUCUGUCCUUCUACAGCGUCUCUGGAGACACAAUGAUCCUCAUCCACACAGUCCAGACCACAUUCACUCAACCGCUCUAUCCUGGGUUUAGGGUUUAUAUUGAAUCAUCACUGAAACUGUGUUGAUGAAUCAGAACAGACUGUAGAGAGAUUCUACCCAUAAUGCUUUGAGCUCAUGAUGAAUCAGUAACAGUGAGAUGUUAUAGAGUCUCUUAUUUUCUCUUCAUUACAUUAAUACUACAGCUGAACUUCUGUCAGUGAAAUAACAUGAAGAAUAAAUGUAACACUUUAGAUUACAGCCUGUAAAGUACUGCAUAAGUAAAAUGAAUUUACAGCCUAAUUUCAGUAAUUAUAGUGGAUCUAUAGAGUAUGUGUGUGUAGGUAUAAGGGAACAAUAUGUAAAGUUUGGGGAAUAAAAUUAACAUUAUUUA